AUAGAAUGGAGAACGCUUGCGCACGCCCGCUGUAUCUGGACUUCGAUGGUUAUCGUCUGUCUGCGGCGUUCAACGGUACACUCCUCAAGUCAGCUUUAGACUACGUGCCGACACCGGAAGACGUAUUCGUGGUGACAUUCCCGAAAUGCGGAACGACGUGGGUGCAGCACAUUGCCUAUCUCAUCUUCAACGGAGGCGAGAGGCCUAGAAAUGGCCUCGAUUUCCUGAAAAAGAGUCCUUUCAUCGAAAUGCUUGGCGCCGACGCGGUCCGCGCAAUGAAACGGCCGGGAAUUAUAAAGUCCCACCUGCCUUUUUCAAUGGUGCCUUACUCAAAUGAAGCAAAGUACAUCUACGUCAGUCGCAACCCUAAGGACUGUUGCGCUUCGUUCUUCUACCACACGAAAACAUUUUCUGGUUACGAGUUCACGAACGGCACGUUCGAGGUAUUCUUUGGUCUCUUCUGCAAAGGUGAAACUGACUUUGGCAGCUACUUCGAUCACCUGCUAUCCUGGUACGAGCAUCACGAUGACCCAAACGUCCUCUUCAUGCACUAUGAAGACAUGAAGUGUAACCCUCGCAGGCAUAUCCUGAAGAUAGCGAAAUUUCUGGGAGAGAAAUACCAGAAGAAAAUGCUCGAAGACCCAGUGUACCUCGAGAAGGUUCUCAAGGAUAGCGACGUGUCUGCAAUGAAGGAGUACACGAACCGCGGGAUAGCUGAUUUCUUUUGCCGUCCCCUCAGCACGGCUGGUGAGGAGGUUCCGGAAGGCUUGAAGCGGUGGCACAGGGUCAGUCAGGAUGUUCCGUUGGGUGCUCAGCUCGUGCGCAAAGGUGUCGUUGGAGACUACAAAAACCUGUUCACACCGGAGAUGAACGAUUCGCUGGAUCAGAUAAUCUUGGACAAGUUUCAAGGAACUGAGUUUCUCGACGUCUGGAGGAAAUAUGGCGUCUUUUGA